GACACUGUUCCAAUAUAGGAGAAAACACUUGCAAGGAAAGAUCACACAUUCACCAUGGAAAAAGAAGCAAACUUUCAUGACUCGGUCACCAUAAUUAGUUCCAACUAUACCAAUAUGGCAUGCAAGGAGACAUUGUAAUUAACCAGUCAACAACCAUAGACUAUCUACUCGAGCCACCCCUAUUAAAAUGGAUUCUAACAAAGGUUAUUCCCCACCUGUGGAUAGGACCUGAAAAUACAGUAGCCUGCAUCCUGAAAACUUGGUCUCCAUCAAGAAAUGACAGAAACAGACUUUUCUUAGCAAAGCGACAACCCCUUCUUUCCAUUACUGGUGAUUGCACAGUAGCCUGAGCAAGCAUUUGAACAUCAAUAUCCCUAUGGAUAUAACCUCAAAACUCACAUUGCUGUUUGGAACACUUCUUUCUUUAGUCCUAUUCACUUCAGCUCAAAGAUGCUCAAACUAUACCUUUCCAAAUAACCAAGUCUUCAGUUCCUGCACUGACCUUCCGUCACUGCAAGCUCAACUCCACUGGAACUACAUUGCCUCCACCAGAAGCAUUCACUUAGCAUACAAAGCCAACCAAGCACCUGCAGGAUGGAUUGCGUGGGCAAUCAACCCAACUGGAACAGGGAUGGUAGGUUCACAGGCAUUAGUUGCUUUUCAAAAUUCUGAAGGAAGCAUGACUGCUUAUCCAACUCCAGUAACCAGUUCGAGCCCAUCAAUGCAAACUGGUACUCUCAGCUUUAAGGUUUCCAACAUCUCUGCAACCUAUGAUAACAAUGAGAUGACCAUCUUUGCUAUUGUGGGCCCACUAGAAAAUGGAACUACUGUCAAUCAUGUCUGGCAGGCUGGCAAUUCAGUUUCAAAUGGCAUCCCUCAGGCUCAUGCACUUUCAGGACCAAAUAUUCAAUCAAUGGGAAGAAUAAAUUUUCUUGCAUGAUAGAAGCAGACAGUGGAGGAAGAAUUUCAGCAAGUCCACGCGCAUGCUAAACCCCUGUCCAAUUAGUUCAAGUAUAUCCACAAAUAUUCAACAACUUCGGUCAGUUUUUCUGUAAUCAUCCUUAUUAUGAGUGAAUGUUCUUAUUGUCCUUGUAAGCAAUAUAAUAGCUUCUGUUCUGAGGAUUUGUUUAGUUCUCAGAAUGAAUGGCAUAGGAAUUGAAUACCCAUUCAAUGACUAUAGAAUAGCUAUUCAUCACUUGUGUGUGAAACUAGAAAAUUUUUAAAAAUAUCCACUUUAUGUAAUAAUUAUUAUACAUUUUAAAUUUUAAUGAAAAGCUGAGAUAGUAGAAUUACUA